UCCGUAUCUGCGUAUAAUUCAAUAUGCAGUCAUUGUGUUAUUGCACUUAGACGACGAUACCUUUAACAGUAACCACUGUAUCAGUUAUUAUAAACUAUUGUCACAUUUUGUGACUUAACAGAUUUUGUACAUGUAUUAGGAUGUGUUUAUACUUGGACUAUUUGACAAUAUGGUAAAAAGUUUGGAUAACAAUGAAACAUGUAUGCUACUACAUGACACUUAUGCCAGAAUAUGAUAUAUGGAACUAUUGAAUUUGAUUUAUUCAUGUAUUGAAAAACAGCAUGGUGCAUAACUUACAUAAGCAAUAGAGCUGACUGUGUUAGGGUUUGGAUAUAAGCUUGUCACGGAUUAUGAAGUACGCCAAACGCAUGUAUUACGUCAUCACUGCGCUGGUUGUGUUUGACAGUUGCUAUGCGAGGGAACAUACAGAGGCGUAUCUCAGUGUUUCCGGAAGAAACCUCACAUUUCGAGGGGAGAAAGUGUUUCUUUCUGGUGUGAACCAGGCAUGGUACCAGUACGGGAACGACUUUGGUAACAAUGCCUACGCUGGUUCCCGGCCCCACCUGCUCCACACACUGGACGCCGUGCAUGCCAACGGGGGAAACUCCUUACGCAUAUGGCUUCACGUUGAGGGUUUCAACACUCCGCAGUUCAACUCAAGCGGCCAUGUUGUAGGACCGGGCGCCAACGUGACACGUGAUCUACGGGACUUCCUGCUGGAGGCGCGGCGGAGAAAUAUUCUCGUAACCAUUUCUCUAUGGAACUGCGCUGCUAUUAAGAAAGAGCUUCCCUUAUACCGGAUGUUGACGAACGUCACGGUCCUCCAGUCAUACCUGGACAACGCUCUUACGCCACUGGUGCAAGCCCUCGGGUCAGAGGUCAGCUUGGCCGUUUGGGAGGUGAUGAAUGAACCAGAGGGAUGCAUGGCCGUAGGUAUUGAAGACAAAAAAGAACCAUGUUACGACACGACGAGCCUCCAUAUCUGGGAUUUUGCGGACUGGACGGGCCUCAGUAUUCCCCUAUCAUCUAUACUGCCCUUCAUAGCCAGGCACGCGGCCACCAUACACAGGCACGACCCGAAGGCGCUGGUUACCGUCGGCUCCUGGACGUACAAGUCUGUGACGCCGGAACUUGGCCGCCGCAACCUCUACUCGGACGCAUGUUUGCGGUACGCCGCUGACGGGGACCCCGGGGCGCGACUGGACGUCUACCAGAUACACACAUACUCGGCACUGCCCAUGUUCUUGCCACAUGACCCAUUUGUGGUGAACGCCAGUAUGUACGGCCUGGACAAGCCGCUCAUAAUUGGUGAGUUCAGCCAAAAGAAAGGCGGGCUGAAGACCUCACAGGAACUUUUUACGUGGGCGUAUUACAAUGGUUACAACGGUGCGUGGUCAUGGAGUGCACUUGAUUCGGACGACGCGUCUGAUUCUUUGGAGGUCCAGGAACGAGGUCUCCGGUCACUGAAAAAUAAAGACGAUCCGUCCCACGGAGGCAAAAUCAACAUUACUUUAUGUGACGUCACUUCCUGUACGAGUUAUACGCAUUUGUGGUUGUGUUCAUUUCUAGAAAUUAUACACGCUUUUUAUAAAGAUGUUGUUGCUUUCUUUGGGACCAGAAUGGUAACUGUUAACGUAUAAAAGCUACAUUUUAGCGCUUGAAAUGAAAUAAAACAAAAACUGCUGUU